AUGGCGGGUGUGUCGGCCAUCAGGCGGGGCCGGCCCGUGGCGAGGCGGCGCCGGGACUCUGCCCAGCCCGGAGCGGGAGCGGAGCUCGGCCGGGCCGGGCCCGCUGGAGAAGCCCCGCCCGGGGGGGCCAUGGCCGAGCGGGCCGCUGCCCAGGCUCUGGCCACCCCCCGCCCCGUGUCUGUGCAGCCCCUCCCCGCUUCUGAAGGGACCCCCGGGAGAGCAAGCGAGCUGCACCCUGCAGAGAUUUCCCUCCCUGUCCUGGCUGCCAUCCAAGCCGUGGGGAGGAAGGUGGAUUCUCAGGCUGCACAGUUGCUGAAUCUGGACGGGAGAACAGGGACGGCUGAGAAGAAACUAGUCGGCUGUGAGAAAACAAUGGUGGAGUUUGGGAACCAGCUGGAGAGUAAGUGGGCCGUGCUGGGAACUCUGAUCCAGGGGUACGGACGGCUGCAGAGGAGGCUGGAGAACAUGGAGAACCUGCUGAAGAACAGGAACUUUUGGAUCCUGAGGCUCCCCCCAGGCACUAAGGGAGAAGUUCCCAAGGUCCCGGUUAUGUUUGAAGACAUCUCAGUCCACUUCUCCAGGGAGGAGUGGGAGAAUUUAGAAGAAUGGCAGAAGGAGCUUUACAAGAACUUGAUGAAAGACAGCUAUGACUCUUUGAUCUCCCUGGACUGUACCAUCUCCAAACCUGACGUCCUAUCACCGACUGCACAGGAGGAAGAACCAGGUGUCAGGGUGCAGGGAGAUCUGGAGGGGAGAGGAACCCCUGUGGAUCCCAGCACUGGUGAGUAA